AUGAGUGACGCGGGCCAACUACACAGCUUCGACGAUGCCAUGGACAUCAACAGAGCCCCCCUCCUCUUCUGCGAGCAGAUUCUACCCAAAAACAUCCAAGAAGUGCUCUUCUACGUCGUCAUCCGUCACAAUGGGCAGUUCCACCCCCUCGCCGUCGCGUCCCAGAUGCCCCCCAUCGGCGCACUCUGGCAGGUCUUGCGCAAAGACUUUGUCGUCGAGUCGGUGCGCAAGAUAUACGCCCACCUCUCCGACGAACGCAACCACGCCAAGCUCGCCGAAGAGGUGCGGAACGCGCGCCAAUUCUACUACUACCAGGGCUGCGAGGCGGCGCUCUUUGGCCCGGAGGAGCCGCCCGGCGUGUCCAGCGCCGAGGACCGGGCCGUCUGGCUCGCCAACCCGGCGUUUCCGCACGCCGCGCGCGCGCUCACGGACAGCUUAGACGGCGAAUUUUGGGCGCCGGUCGGGCUGCACACGACCAUGGGCAUGUAUGACCAGCGGUACAGGGCGGUGGUGUUUGACGUGACGGACCUCGACAACGAGGCGUGCGGCGUGGUCGAGAUGAAGCAGGUCAGGAAGACGCACGAGUUUACCGGCGCAACGGAAGAAGUCAUGUAUCGGACGGUCGUGACGGUGCCGGAGUGGGAGGCGAUGGAGACGGGCUUUGAGAGCAUGCAGGGAAAGAGAGAUGAUUCGGCGGCGCAUCGCAUGGCGGAUUUUCCCACCAUUCCUUUGAUCAAUGACGCGGUCCAGCAAAUGCUCUGGAACAAGAAUUACAUGUCGAGCUAG